AUGGCUCUGAGCGCCCACGAGGUCUCGCAAUUGCGGGCAGCUCUCCAGGACGCUGUGGUCAAAUGCUCAGAGAGGUGUCUCUACCAAUCUUCAAAAUGGGCCGCCGAACUACUUAACGCGCUUCCCGAGACCGACGAUGACGAGCACCUCGACCCUGCGGAUCCCAAGUACAUCUCACCGAUAUACACUUCGAACAGCGAUCCAGAAGAGGCAGCUCUCGAGGCAAAAGAGUUGAGCAAAUACCUACUAGCCAAGUCUUUAUUCGACUGUAGAGAAUACGACCGCUGCGCCGCCGUUUUCCUCCCCGAUUCUCUCCUAUCUAGUGUCCUGGCAUCAAGGGUGGACAGUUCUCCGGCGUAUGCUUCAGCUGGCAAGGGAAAGGCAAAGGCCUCCGACUCAUCAGCCGCGAUACCUCUUCCCAGGAUCAGUCAGAAGAGCUUGUUCCUUGCCCUCUAUGCAAAGUUCAUGUCGGGAGAGAAGCGCAAGCAGGAGGACACUGAGAUGGUUAUGGGCCCUCAGGAUCUUGGAACGGUGGCCAAUAAGCAGCUUCUCGUAAUUGGGCGAUAUCUUUCGACUUGGUUUGAUGAGAGGACAACGGAAGACGACGAAGUACUGGGGAGCCAGGGAUGGCUCGAGUACCUAUACGGCAUGGUGCUCGCCAAGGAAAAGAAUGACGAAAGAGCUUUGGAAUUCUUUAUCCGAAGCGUACACAAGUACACCAUGAACUGGGGCUGCUGGCUGGAGAUGACGUCGCUAAUAUCUCGAGUCGAGGAUCAAGGACCCGGACUCGCCAGUUCUCUCGAGCAGCUCCUCUCCAUCUUCCCGACAUCAUCCUUCCUCCUUACCUGCAACGCUUUGCUGGCCUAUCACGCCAAGGAUCUGAUGGCUGCUGAACAGCACUUUACUCGACUGCUGGCGCUCCAUCCCUAUCGGCUUGAUUCUCUCGACCACUAUUCCAAUAUUCUCUACGUCCUAAACCUGCGCCCGAAGUUGGCUUUCCUGGCGCAUCUAUGCUCCAGUGUAGACAAGUUUCGGCCGGAAUCUUGCGUCGUUGUUGGAAACUACUAUUCCCUCCUCUCAAUGCACGAAAAGGCUGUGCAAUACUUCCGGCGCGCUCUGACCCUUGACCGGUCAUGUCUAUCAGCAUGGACAUUGAUGGGUCACGAAUACGUCGAACUCAAGAACACACAUGCGGCCAUCGAGUCGUAUCGUCGUGCGGUUGACGUAAAUCGACGUGAUUAUCGGGCCUGGUACGGCUUGGGUCAAACAUAUGAGAUGCUGGAAAUGCAUACAUACUCGCUUUGGUACUACAAGAAGGCUGCUGGUCUGCGUCCUUGGGAUGGCAAGAUGUGGAUGGCUGUAGGUUCGUGUCUGCAAAAGAUGGGCCGAGAACGAGACGGUAUCAAGGCCUUGAAACGAGCCUUGCUUGCGGAUGCCUACUAUGACGUGGGUAGUAGCUUCGGAAGCGGCGAUCUCCUGGGUAGCCGUAGCGCUACAGGCCAUAUGGACCCUGAGAUCCUCUUGCAGAUUGCUGCCAUGUACGACCAGCUGGGUGAAGAGGAAGAAGCCAAGUCAUACAUGGAACUAUGUGUGGCUCAAGAAGAUGGCGGAGCAAAUGCUGAGGUUGACCCAGCAGAGUCCAUUGCUAUUCACAAUGAUUCUCCCCCGGGUUCAGACAAUGGCGCUGAGGGUAACGAGAACGCGGGCAAUGAGGGUACUGGCGUCACAGCAGCAACUAGCAAGGCACGGAUGUGGCUUGCCAAAUUCUCGAUGCGUACCGGAGACUACGCGGCGGCUGAGCGCCUUGCUGGAGAGCUGUGUCAAGAUGGUGUAGAGGUUGAGGAGGCAAAAGCCUUGGUGCGAGAGGUGCGAUCACGGAUGGAGGCGUCGGGGAUGCUUGAUCCGUUGAGUUGA